GACGACUAUGCCACGGACCGUCCGGAUGCAAGCGCAUCCACACGGCGGACGAGGCCCUCUCAGACGACAGCGCCACAGAGCCGGAUUACUCUCGACCGCAGCCUCUGCGCUGGCUAGCAGCAGUCUGGUCUGAGAGUUUCUUCCGCGUAUUGUUACAGUGCUCUAGAAUAUUCUAGAGCACUGUAGUAUUGUGAGAGUAUUCGACAAAAUGGAGGCCGGCAGAAAGCGACGUUUGGCCGCGAUGGCUGUUGUUGUGUCAGAAAUUGACGAGGACUUUGAUUUGCUUCCACGAAAACGGCGUUGUUGGCGGAAAGACUGGAUAGGAAGGAAAGAAUUGGGGAUCCAGAACCUGCUCUACGAAGAGCUCCUGAAGGCUGACCUCGACGAAUACCGGAGGCUACUUCGUGUUAGCAGAGAGCAGUUUCUGCAACUGCUGUCACGCGUGGGGCCCCGCAUACGAAGGGGGGAUACCGUUAUGCGCCGUUCUAUAUCGGCGGAAACACGGCUGCAGGUGACACUGCGGUACCUUGCUUCAGGAGAGAGUCACUAUUCCCUGAGCCGACAGUUUAGGCUCGGUCAUUCAAGUGUGAAUGACAUUAUACAUGAAACAUGUACUGCCAUUUACGAGGAACUGGGAAGCAACUUUAUAAGAACACCCCGCACAGAGGAGGAAUGGAAAUACGUGAUGGAAGGCUUUGAUAACAAGUGGAACUUCCCGAACUGCAUUGGGGCCAUGGAUGGCAAGCACGUACUCAUAAAGAAGCCACCAAAUUCGGGAACUAUUUACAGGAACUACAAGAAAAGCUUCAGUAUAAUUCUCUUCGCUGUCGUCGACGCAAAUUACCGGUUUUUGUACACUGAUGUCGGUGCACCAGGCUCAGAAGGAGACGCUGCGGUCUGGCAAACGACACCCCUACAGAGAGACGUAGGAAACAGAAGUGCAGGCCUGCCAGAACUUGUGAAGGUGUCCAGCUCACCUGAUGUGCUCUUUCCACCUGUGUUCGUUGCAGACGACGCAUUUCCUAUGGGACGGAAUUUAAUGAAACCUUUUGGGGGCACAAAUCUGACAGAAGAUAAGAAGAUCUUUAAUUACAGGCUGUCAAGGGCUCGCCGUGUCGUCGAAAACGCUUUUGGGAUACUGGCAAACCGCUUCGGGUGUUUCCACACAGUCAUCAAUGCAUCUCCAGAGAGGGUGACUGCCAUCGUGAAUGCGGCAUGUGUGCUGCACAAUUUUUUAGGCAACGAUGUCAUCAGCGUGCCAGACUUAAAAGUCGAACCAAACCCUGCUGGGUCACUCCUGUCCGGCCAAGCAGCGUCGCGUGGUAGAAUUGGUGCUGUUGGUGCUGCAGUGCGUGAUAAGCUGUGUUCGUUCUUCAAUGACACGGGCGCCGUGCCAUGGCAGCGGCAGUUUGCCCACUUGGAUGUGAGCAUCUACAGAAAACCUCGAAAUUGAAUACAGAUGUCAACACUGAAAUGGAAUGAACAUUUUAUUUUUUCUGCGUGUUAUUAAGCUUCCAUGUGCCUUUGCAUCACCUGCAGCAUUUCCACUUGGCAUGACAGCUGCCUUGUUUUCGGUAUCGCCCGCAUAGUCGCAGCGACAAGCUUCCCGAAAUGCUCACACGCAUCGUCAGUGAUCGCAGGUUGUGUUGGCUGCAUGUUUACGGCUAUUUUUUCGAGGACCUUUUGCCGCUGCGACCACAUGUCUUCGCGCGGAUUACAAUUCCGCCGUCUUUUUCUGGUCGGUGCUGCACUUAAGGAUGUACUUGGUGCUGCGGAGAGGUCGGUGUGCGGUUCAAUCUCUCUCUCCGUGGUGCAGCCUUCACCGAGGACAGCGUCAUCAGCU